ACAAGCAUUGCUUGCCGGCUUUUUACGACAGUUUCUUACUAUUGACGACAUAAACACACGAACGUCAGAAAACAUGAGGUCAAAAGUUUUUCCCCUGAUCGAUUUGUAACGAAACACAACACGGAUACAUGGCCAGUUCCUUGGUGGCAGCGGGGCUCGCUUUGGCUGCAGCCGGAUUUGCAGGUCGCUAUGUCAUGCAGGCCAUGAAGCAGAUGGAGCCUCAAGUCAAACAGGCCCUACAGAGCUUCCCGAAGAAUGCCUUUGGAGGGGGUUACUAUCGAGGUGGUUUUGAACCAAAAAUGACAAAGAGAGAAGCCGCAUUGGUUUUAGGCGUCAGUCCCACUGCCAGUUGGAAUAAGAUCAGAGAAGCCCACAGAAAACUGAUGAUCCUAAAUCACCCAGAUAGAGGUGGCUCUCCCUACCUAGCGGCCAAGAUUAACGAGGCCAAAGAUCUAAUUGAAGGCCAAACAAAGAAGUGACGAGCCAUAACGAAGCGGCUCCAAAGUGAAAUCACAUUGUUGCGUUUGAUUUUUCAAAUGAAUCCCAUUGUAUAUAGA